AUGGGAGUUUCUGAUGCAGGAGAACAGACUACAGUUUCUACAGGCAGCAAAAGGGCGCAUAGCCCCAGGACUGCGCCUGCCAAGCGUGCAAAGGCAGCUCAGGCUUGCUUAUCAUGCAGGAAGCAUAAAACACGCUGCGAAAUGCUUGACGGAGACAACUCGGGCGCUCAGUGCCAUCGAUGUAAAGUCCUCACCCUCCCUUGCUCCUUCGAAGAAAAUGGCGCUCCGUCGAAUGAUCGGGCAGGGCCUUCCUCCCGCCCUGCACACACACCGGACAUCCGUUCCAUGCGCGAGGACCGGCGUCAGUCCGUCCCUAUUUCCCAAAAAUCCCAUGAUAUACCAAUGGACGACUCUCGCGCGCAUCCAGGUCCCAGUUAUUCAAGGAAUUGGGACUCUAGCUCCAACACCCUCCCGCCAUUUCACAGAUCUCAGCCCCAAGAGGAAGAGGUUGACCUUCUAGACCCUGAACGCUUACUGCCUGAGCGCCACAAGCCGUGGGGAUUUUUAAAACUCCCUGGUGGCUUCGACGGUACCAUGGUGCCUAUGUUGGCUAUGCAGGCGCUUACUCGUGCAGGUUCGAUUGAUGACUCCUCACGGAGUAAGGUGGAUCAGGCAUUGCUCCAUAUUCUUGGGCGGGAGCAGAUAAAUUAUCUGACCGAAAUUUUCGAGGAACGUUACGCUCCGUGGCUCAAUCUACAGCCUAGUCAGCAACCAGAAGGACCACUUCUCAAACUUGCCCAGUGCUGCGUUGCAUCACGACAUCUCGGACCUUCGACACGCUCGGUAGUCUCUCCUCAGCUAUACCGUCUGGCAGACGAGUACAUCUUCAAACAGGCUUAUCACCCCUUGCCAUCUACGGAUGCAAUACACGCCGUGCUCGUACUUUCGUUAUGGGAACCCAUAGGGGAUCCAACGACAAAGGAGUCGCGCGACGGUCGAUUAAUUGCGUCGACCGCCGUCAGCAUGGCAAUGAACCUCCGUCUCAGCGAGGCCAUGGUAUAUUCUAAAACUCUCCGGAGGCAGAAAAAACCGAAUGAACUUCCUAGCGAAGAGCUGAUGGAAGCUAUUGACAAAGCACGCCUUUGGUUCGCAUUGAACAAUGUUGAGUCAAUGCUUUGUGUGGGUACAGGGCGCAGCCCCAUAUCGGAUUGCGAUAGUCUUAUACAUGACGCCAUCGAUACAACGUCGGUCGCAACGAUCGGGGCUGGUCGCGAUAUGCGUCUCACUUUAAUCUCCCAAAUGUUUGCCGCCACGCAAUACGGACUCUCCAUACGCCUCCGUUCAGCAGAGGAAAUCGGCGUCUUCUACAAAGAAGUGCUCAACUUCUUGAUGCGAAUGGACGUGAUCGAACGCCUUAUCUAUCCACUCCCAGUCUUAGCAGAGCACGAGGUCUUCUUCUUCACGAUGUUGCAAGUCUACUAUCAGUCCUGCCGGUUGCUGGUCCUGGUACAUGCCCUGAUGGAAACGAAGAUUGUGAUUUCCAAGUGUGACCAGCAAAACCCUUGGUUCCUCGUCGCAGAGCACAAUGGAAUCAACCUCGCACGGAGUUGGGGUCACCAUGCACUUGUCCUAUCUGAAGGCAUCCUCAUCACUGCACUAUCACGACCUGAGCUCAUGCUCCUCAGCGCUGCACCAGAUAAUUUCUUCUCAAUGCUCACCCUCGCAACAUUCUUCGUCAUCCUCAGCAAGUGGUCCGUGAUGGAAAACGCCGGCGAGCAGCUUCCUGGGUCUAGUGACAGCAUCCUGGCUCGGACGAUCGAUCGCAUGCGACAGGUGAGCGCAGCUCCGGACCAUGUUCCCGCAAAAUGUGCUCGAGUCAUCGAGGCUGGCGUGUUGAGUUUCCGGCGGCGCUCAUCGGAGAAAUCAGAGGCAGAUUCGCGAGAGUUCAACCGGCCGUUACUCGAGCAUUUCGACACAGCCGCACGCGACUUCCGAGAGCGUGUUUCAGCACCCGCUGCGCCCUCAGGGUACCCCGCGGAACAGCUGUACUCGCAUACCCCGCAGUCAUUCCCGUCGUUCCCAAUCAACGACCCAAAUUACUUCAUGAAUUCGGACAUUUUCCUUGACAACGAUUUUUGGUCGUCGUUCAUGUCGAACUUGAGCGAGGGGAAGGGUAGAUAA